CCCCGCCCGCUCCCGGUCCCGGGCGCCCCUUUCAGUGCUCUUGAGCUCACUGUGGCCUCUCGGCCCCAAGCCCCAUAGCCACCAUGCCGGCCUGGCGCUUGGCGUUGCUCCUCUGCCUGGCUUUCUCCUCAGCCGGGCUGGUGCACAGAGCAUCUGCUGAUUUUGGUGAUGACUUCAAGCUGAAGAAUGAAUUGAAAGGCUCUUCCUCACUGAGGCAGAGACGAGACCUUUUUGGCACCACAACUCGGAGGCCAGUCGCCACCAGAGCCCCAUCAAAGCCUGACGCUUCAGAUUUCAGUUUGUAUGAUGCGUUGGAUGAUGUUGAUGAUAAACCGAAGAAGCCAGACCUGGGGACAGGAGGAGGAGGAUUUUCAGACCAGGAUCUCAAGGACAUUCUAGAUGAUAACUACAAGCCUGACAAAGGCGACGGCCGAUCCAGCAGUGAUGACAGCCCCGAAUCUGGAAUGCCAGCUGAGACAGGCACCAUCGCGGGGGUGGCCAGUGCCCUAGCUAUGGCCCUGGUGGGUGCCAUCUCCAGCUACAUCUCCUACCAGCAGAAGAAGUUUUGCUUCAGCAUCCAGCAGGGUGUCAAUGCGAACUACGCGAAGGGGGAGAACCUGCAAGCCGUUGUGUGUGAGGAGCCCCAAGUGACAUUCAGCGAGGUGCAGAGUGCACCACCUCCUGAGCCCCGGAUCUGAAUUCCUCCCCAUGGUCCCCCAGCUACCAUCCUGCUCCUGUGACAUCUCCGACUUCUCCUGUCCCAAGUGUCUGCAAUUGGCCUGUGUAGCCCGUGCCAGACUGGGGCACUGACUCUGCAGCCCCUCUACCACUUGCACCUGGCCCUUAGCAAGCACGAAUGUGAAUCCAGGCUACUGUGUCACCCCCCACUCGGGUCCCCUUAAGUGGCCCCAGCAGUGACUACAAAGACAGAAUGUGGGGCAGGGAGUUUGCUUGGAGUUGAUGCAAGGAGCCCAGCAUAUGGCCUCAGCUCAGCACAUGGGGCCAGGGAAGGUGACUUCUCUUCCUUCCCUUCAGCCCCAGGUGGCACACUGGUCACUAGUGGCAUGAUCUAUGUCAUCACCAAAACUUGGGGGGCACAGGAAGCUGUCUCGUAGGCCUAGGUGACGUGGUUGGGUUUGAGCACUUUUGCAGCCGAUGAAUGUUUCUGCUCAGUUGAUCAAACACACCUGGCUUGGUCUGCUUGCCUGUCCUGAAGACUCCGCUCCCCUGCCCAGCUGGAACACAGCAGCAUCCUGGAACGUGGCCUUCAGACACAGGCCCUGCUCACUAUGGCAGCAGAAUCUGAGUCCCAUACAGACAGGUGGAGUCUGAGCCAAUAAGGCUCCGAAGCCCCAUUGCAGCUCUCCCACCCAAACACGACUUUGGACAAGUCGCAUGUCCCAUUAAAGGAAUGACGUGUGUUCA